GAUCCUAACUAGACAGUCAGGUGGACGCUGCUCGGCACAACUAUCCGACUGAAUCCUUCUAUCCAUACUUCCCAAAGCUCUGCCUCCCAAGACUUACAAUGUCGAAAGAAGGCGCUCUUCCAUCCUACGAGGAGAGUACCAAUGCCCACCUCCAAGCCCAGUACUAUACGAGCAGCACCUCCGAUGGCCAGCGUAUCCGCGACAGAGUCCGCGCAGUCCGAGAAGAGCAGAUCGCGAGUGUGAUCAAUGAACACGUCUAUCCCUUGAUCUCACAACAGGCUAUGUACGGCAUUGGGAGCAUCACCAUCGCGCUCAUGCCCUCAGAUGUUGUGCUCGCGCAAGAAGAAAGAGUCAAGUCAGAAUUUGAUUUCGAGAUCUCAGAGGAGUCUCGGGUGGAGAUUAUCGGCUUCCCGGAGCAGCUGCAGCAAAUCCAACUUGAUGGCCACAUGAACCGUCUUGACUUCUGGAAGCAGCAGGGUGUAGUAGAAGAGCUGGAGCGAGCAUUGAAUGAAAAUUUGGAUGCAUCAUCGCAGUCUUCGAUCACUGCGAGGAAUCUCCAGCCACCAUUGCCACAAAGGCCAACCACGAAAGGCUUUUUUGGCCGGAAGUCGAGUUCUGCAACGCCUGAGACGGCAGGACCUGGGAACAAGUCAGGCCUGCUUCAAAGAGAAAAGAACACAUCAAAGUUGACUGCUAGGUUGGAAGAUAUCUGCUUACGGACUGUCUCCUCGUUUGGGCUGUACGAGACUACCACACGACAAAGUAUCAUAAUCAAAUUCAGUGCCGGAUGUUAAUAGGGAUUGGUUUGGGAAUGUCGUAUCGGUCACUUCAGGACUGUUGUCUUUCAAGAACAGCUACAGGUAUUCGGAGUACCGCAUGUGGGCUUCCAAUCUGCGUACACCCUGCUGACACUAUUUGAGGUAGCCUCGCAAGUUUACUACUUGUCUAAAAUGCCA